AUGUCUGAACGUCAAACCAAGAAGCAGAAGCUUUCUACGAGUUCGGAUGGCUCGCGCAGCAUAGAAACGGACGAUAAACUUGGGAACCAGCCCAAACAUACGCUUUAUGUGAACAACUUGAGUGAUCACAUCGAUAUCAAGCGUUUAACAACGAACUUGUACCUCCUAUUUUCGAUCUACGGCGAGGUCAUCAAGAUAACAGUCAACCCCAGACGUCAGAGGGGUCAGGCAUUUAUCACUAUGAAAAACAUUGAUGAAUCGAAUCUGGCAAUCAUAUCCUUGAACAAUGAGCCAUUUUUCGGCAAACCGCUUCAUGUCAGCUUUAGCAGAGAGGAGACUAUCAAUAUUUGA